AAAGCUUGAUUGAGAGAUCACAUCACCGCUGACGACUCUGGCAGGACGGUCCGUCAGAUUUGCUAUUUUAAUGAUCAUUACAAAACGUGUUUGUGCUCUUUUUUUGGUUGGAUAGUUUUGACGAGACCGAGCCGCGCCGGUUCGCUGUCCAAUAGCAGGCCGAAAGUAACGGCAGGCAUGAGGAUUGCACAUCUUUCUCUGGAAAUGCAUCAGUUCCGCUGGGCUGCCUCGUGACUCCAGCAGCGACCGAGAGGCGAAGGAGGAGGAGGACCGAGGCGCAGACAGCAGAUGAUCCGGGCCCCCGUCACCUCCUGCCCGCUCCCCUGAAGCGCGUAUGCACGCCUGGAUCAGGAGGACCAGAGGCGGCUGCACGGGGAGGCGCUGAAAUGAGAUGAGGCUCAGACAUGGAACUGUUGCCACUGCGAUUGUUUUCUUCACGUCGUUUCUCAGUCUGUCCUGGUACACGGCUUGGCAGAAUGGCAAAGAAAAGCUGGUAGCCUAUCAGAGGGAGUUUCACGCCCUGAGGGAGCGUCUGCGUGCGGCGGAGCACCGAACCCUCCAGCGCUCCUCUGAGCUCAACGCCAUCCUCGAGCAGUUCAGACGGGCCAUCGCAGAGACCAAUGGCAGCAAAGACGCUCUCUCCAACUUUUCAGAUGAGACACAGAAGCUGCUGAAGGAGCUGGCUCACAGGAAGCCCCUCCAGGUGCCAAAUAUCUACCACCAUCUGCCUCACUUGCUCAACAAUGAAGGCAGCCUGCACCCUGCCGUACAGGUGGGCCAGGGACGCACCGGAGUUUCCAUGGUGAUGGGCAUCCCCACAGUGAAGCGGAAAGUAAAGUCAUACCUGUCAGAGACACUUCAUUCACUCAUCGAUAAACUCUCAGCGGAGGAGAAGCUCGACUGCGUUAUCAUAGUGUUCGUGGGAGAGACAGACAUAGAUUAUGUAAACAGCGUGGUUGCAGGCCUUGAAAAGGAGUUCUACACAGAGCUGAAUUCUGGGUUAUUGGAGGUCAUAUCUCCCCCGGCCAGCUACUAUCCAGAUUUGAGCAACUUGAAAGAGACCUUUGGGGACUCGAAGGAGAGGGUGAAAUGGAGGACCAAGCAGAACUUGGACUAUUCCUUUCUAAUGAUGUAUGCUGUGAACAAAGGGGUCUAUUAUGUCCAGUUAGAGGACGACAUUGUUGCCAAGCCCAACUAUUUUGCCACCAUGAAAAACUUUGCCCUACAACUUGCCACUGAGGACUGGAUGAUCCUUGAGUUUUCACAGCUGGGCUUCAUUGGCAAGAUGUUCCAAGCCCCAGAUCUAAAUCUCAUUGUGGAGUUUAUCUUCAUGUUUUAUAAAGAGAAGCCCAUUGAUUGGCUGCUGGAUCACAUUCUCUGGGUCAAAGUAUGCAACCCAGAGAAAGAUGCUAAACACUGUGAGAGACAGAAGUCGAGUCUGCGCAUUCGUUUUAGGCCCUCUUUGUUUCAGCACGUGGGCCUGCACUCCUCCCUCGCUGGGAAAAUCCAGAAACUCACGGAUAAAGACUUCCUGAAACCUCUGCUGCAUAAGAUUCACGUGAACCCGCCGGCGGAGGUGUCCACCUCUCUGAAAGUGUAUCAAGGUCAUACACUUGAGAAGACCUACAUGGGAGAGGACUUCUUCUGGGCCAUUACUCCAAUGGCUGGAGACUACGUCCUGUUCAAGUUUGAUCGGCCCGUCAACAUAGAAAGGUUCCUCUUUCGCAGCGGAAACCAGGAGCACCCAGGAGACAAAAUCGAGAACACUACUGUCGAGAUCCUGCCAUUUUCGGACACCGAAAUGAAGACCAAAGAGAAAUACAAGCGAACAGAGGACCGCUUUUAUAAACUUGCUCAUUUUGAGAAAGGAGUGGCAGAGGGCACGGUUGACCCUGCCUUUAACCCCGUGGUGGCUGUUCGUCUGUCGGUCCAGAAGGACUCUGCCGUGUGGGCAAUUAUUAGCGAGAUUCAUAUCAAGAGGAUACCCGGGUAACUGCUGAAUGUCUCCCUCUGGUCACCAAGACAAGGACGUGCUGCUCGCAUCUACGGAGGAUCAAGAGUGAUCCUCUACAUUAUCAGAGUGCGUGAAGGAACCCUGGCUUUUUGUUCUUCACCUCUUAAACUUUACUUUUCCCCCUUUUCUUGUCAUUUUGUCUUCCUCUGCUGUUUUCAUCGAUUUCUCUUCUACUCGCCUUUGCCUGUCGGCAGACUUGUUUUACCUUUUACUGUUCCCUGAAUUCUGUUGCGUGAAUGUGACUACUACUGUACAGGAAAAAAAGAACUCUUUUUGACAGAAUGACACACAAUUUGUGCCGUGAAGAAUUGCAAUCAUCGCUGUCAUUAAGGUUUGAAGUUCAGGACUCAAGGCUGCACCAAUGCUGGAGAACAAGUCCCCUACUGAUGAAGAAUGUCCUCAGCGCUCUGCCGUCACGGACCGUAACUGGCCCUGGGUCGGACAAACACGGCUGGGUUUCGGCCGAGGGAUAAACGAGCGGGACGACAGACGUUUUUGGAGGUUUUUUUUAACACUGUUUUAGUUAGGUUUUAGGCCAUUGAUGUUUCAAACUCUUUUAAGAACUUUUCAAGACAGUUUAUUAUUUUAUUGACUGCUUUGCCAAAAUCUAAAAACAUAUUUCUGAAAAACGAGCAGCAUAUCUUCGGGCCUCUACCUGGUCAACAGAAGUGGCUUUUCUUCCUCUGUGUUGGUUUAGUGUCAACAAAUCAAUCAUGGCUUUCAAUCUGAAGGUUUUUAAUUGCUGUUGUUGUUAUUAUUAUGACGAUCUAUGAAGGUGAAUUUAAUUUAUUUGAAAUAAAUCUUUAAUUUGUACAAAAGGUAAAUGCUUUUAUUUUAUAUUCUUUGGAAGUGUAUGAUGUGGCAGAGAAUUUAUUGUGGCUUAAAGUGGAGUGAUGGUUGAUGUUAGUAUGUUCGUGUGGUUGAGACGGGUACAGGGCCGCCCACUUCUGUGCCUUAACAUCCAGCUUCCCAGUCGGGGGCCUGGGAAAGGACAGCCUUGCGCCCUGUGUCUAAACGCUUAAAUCACCAAUAGGACAGUUUGUUAGUUGUUCGAUUUAAGCGAGACGUUCAAGUGUAGAGCAUGGCAUGUCCAUUUUUUUUUUAAUGUUCCCGAGUCUUUCAUGUCUUCAUUUUUUUUCAUUGAGCAUUUCCAUCUCGAAUGAUCCGCUUUUAUCAUGUCAGUCAAGAAAAUGUUCUCCUUUCUAUGCUGUAUCACAAGUAUCUGAAUGUUCAGUGAGUCAUGAUUAAGUCCAGAUGGAAUCUGCUGAAUUUUUUUUUUUUUUUUGUUGAUUCUUCUGCAGAAUUAAUUUAAAUGUGGUGAAAAGAUUAAUGAAGCCGAGGGUGCUACAGUUUAACGUUAGCUGAAAGCACGUCCUACUGAGUGCCUAAAGAGACAAAAUGAGGGAAACAAAAGGAGUUGAUUUGUCAGGGCAUUGAAAAAUUAGCGGUUCUCUCAGAGUUUUUGCGUUCCACCAAGAAACUGCAUUCUUUCAGAAAUGUCUUGUUCACUGACACAUACAGUUUUUUUUUUAGCAAAAUAAAUAAAUGGUAAAAAAGCCAAACAAUUUUCUCGCCCUGAAAAUAGCUAAAUAAGCUGGCUUGGCAUUAAUCACAUACAAACUUUGUGUUUGCUCGCGGUACGUUUGUGAUGGGAAUAUAAGGUAGGGCCAAGAACUUGAGACCGCAGAGUAGUUUUGCUAGAGAGCGAAAACAUUUUUGCAAGCAAAUGCAAAGUUUCUUCGAGGAAAUGCGGCAUUAUUUAUUAUCACAAAAGAUUGCGAGCAAGCGCAAAUAUUACUUGGAGGACGUAUACAUUUUUGCGAUGUAAAGUGUAGUACUUUUGCGCGAAAGCGUUGAAUUUUAGCGAACGGUGCAAUGCUUGUUUUGCAAGCGACUAAGUGUUUCUUGAGGUAACGCAAAGCUUUUGCAGUUGGCUCACAGAAAGUUUGUGAUUUUAAAAUAUGAGGCGUGGGAAAGAACCGUUUAAUUUCGCGAGGUUUCUUGGUGAAACGAAUUUGAAGUGAACACUGAAGGUUACAAACUAAUGUUUUCCCUCACCUUGUCUACUUAGGAAUUCGGUAACAAUCAAAUACAAGCUGCAAAAACGCAUAGAACUUAACGAACGACUGCAGUUCAAAGGUUUCUGUAGAGUGCUGCUGGUGCAGAUUCUAUGUGGACCUGGUCAGGAGCUAAAUAGGACCAGAACCAUAGAUUUCUAAUGGAAAGUGAAUGGACCAGCUAUUUUCAGAAGUGUUAAGUGUUCUGGUUUUGGCGCCUGGAUUUAUUACACUGUACAUUUAUUAUACUGUAAAGCUACGGUUCGUGUUUGUUUUUGCUUGUAGCCAGACGUAGGGACUCGAUGGUGACCUAACUGCUGUACAGAUUUCCGAAGUGCUCUCAUCUCAUGUGAUUGUAUGUAUCUGAAAGCUUUGGUUCGGUCUGUCAUUGUAUAAUCCUUGAUGCUUCAAGUUUCCGAACAUAUCCUCUUUUUUAGACACACAGACCCUCAUUUAUUGACUGCUUGGAGCCGGACGCGAAUCGCGGUGUGCAUUUUGUAAUAGAAAGUCAAUGUACUGUCAAGCAUUUGUUUACGGUUUGUUUAUGAUCUCUUCUGAAAGGAGAGACGGAGAUAAAUCUUUGGUUUGAGUUUAGAGCACUGUAACGCCAUUCUCCUUUACGACAUGACUUCUGGAGAGUGGACUAGUGAAACCACAGCGGAGUGGUUCUGGUAGUGUUUUGCCAUAUUGCUGCCUUUUCGGUCAGAUUUGUGCUCGAUGAUCUGUUUCCACGUCUGUUUUAGCACUGAGAGACGGACUGUUGUCCGUUGCCCUCUCUUUAAACUCUCAUGGGCCGGUUUUCCAUCAGCGCAUGUCCAUCGUGAAAUCCACCCUUCGGUCUCGCAUUGAGAUGAAUCAGACAUGAAACAUGCUCCUCUUGUGGGGUGCGUGCCAGACUUUCAUGUGCCUUCAUCUGUCUUUCUCCAGCUCUGACACUGAUUUGAAUAAACUGUUCCAAAAUAAACCAGUCUUGACAUAAUUCAUCAUUUUACGUUUCUGCUGCGUUCCCUCAUUGCUCAUUUAUUUAACUUGCAUAUUUAGCCGUGCAACUGCGAGAAACGUUUUCAUGUUUUGAGGAGGUAUGUUGUCAUGUUAAUAAGAGUGUUGUAUGCAUGAAUUAUGCUAUUUUAGGACCUAAGCAAUAUUUUCAAGAAAAGAAUAGGCCUAAAUUAGGAUUUAACAAACUAAUAAUAUUUAUUGUACAUAUUUGUCAGUACUAAUAAAAUGAAUGCAUUUUAAAUACACAAUAACCAGGUUUAUA